CGUAAUGCUCGCCUCUCUUCCACUUAUCCUUUUGUUCUUUUUGCUCGAUACUGUCGUCGCAUAUUAUGCUUCGUCUUCGGCACCCGGUAUUCGAUCCGCAGAGGCGCCGCCAACUGAGCUCCUGAAGAGACUAUCAGCCCCGUCAGGAUUGAAGCGGCGAGACUUCAAUCCAGCAAACGCGUCGUCAACUGUCCUUGGGCUUACUCUAAGUGACGAUCGCAGUUCCUAUUACACGAUUAUACAAGCUGGCAAUAUCAGCUUUCGCGUAGCCGUAGAUACGGCCUCCUCCGAUUUCUGGCUACUGGCGUCCACAUGUUCAGGCUCAGACGUAUGCAAGUCUUCACCAAGCUAUCCUCUCUUAUAUCAUAGCCCCUCCUUUGGCGCUGUGAACGGCAACCAGAGCGCGUUCAGUCUGUCUUUCGCCGAUGGAUCAAGUUCGUCAGGAUUCUUGGCCACAGAAACUGUUCAGCUGGGAAACCUCAGUAACGUUAAUCAAGUGUUCGGACUUGUCAAUUCGACCAAUGUGAAGCUGGAUAGCGACAUCAGCGGUGUGCUCGGCAUGGGUUUUCCGCGCCUUUCAUCGUUCUCGUCCACAGCAGUAAAUGCAACCCCAUUUGUAAACAGUCUCGCUCAACAAGGUGCACUGGAUUAUCCUUUGUUCGGUCUUAGCCUUACUCGAGACGAUGGUGGAACGAUUGCUCUGGGUGCCAUUGACGUUAAUGUCGUGCAUAAUCUUAGCGCUAUCGAGUGGCACAAAGUCCUGCCGUUUUCUCCCUUCAAUAGCGAAACCAAUACCUCCAGCUAUCUCCAGUGGGUCGUACGUUUACCAGAGGUCGGGAUUAAUGGGACGAACCUGAACACCCAACCAACAUAUCCAAAUAUUACCGAACAGUCCCUUGCUUUGAUUGAUGCUGGGACAAAUGGCAUAUUCGGACCGUACCAGGAUGUUUCUCGCAUAUUUGAAGCGUUUGGCGAAGCUCGUUUAGUAGAUGCUACGGUCGGACAGUGGGCUGUCCCCUGUGACACUCAGAUAACGCUCUCGUUCAAUUUCGGGCAAGGUAAUCUUACCUUACAACCUACGGAUUAUCUCAUCGGGCCCGUCUCCGGUAAUCCGACGUCUUGUCUCGCAUGGCCUCGAGCAGUCCAAAACUCCGGUGACGGGAUUGACUGGCAAUUGGGUACACCCUUCUUACGGACUGUAUAUUCAAUCUUCAGUUAUGGCAUUGACGGCAAAGAAGUACCCAUGAUAGGCUUCUACCCUCUCACCAACACAACCGCCAUAACCCAAACACCCCAACAAAUCUCCUCAUUCUUCUCUUCCUUCCACUUAACAAUCGCCACAACACUCCCCAACUCUCUCCUCUCUACACCUUCGGCCACAACCGCACCAUACAUCUUCAACACCUCCAUCCCUGCAUCAGUCGGUGCUAUCGUCACUUCAGGAUUAGGUGACGACAAUUAUAGUGCGAUACUUAUGGGAGAUCCGGUGAAUAUUAAUACGAGUGCGUUACCGGUGAUUACCCCACCUCCGACGUUGGUUACGUUGAUUGUGACCGAUAAGAGUGGGGCGGUGUUGACGAGUGUUGAACAUGUACCGACGAGUUCGAUCGCGUUGGGUGUACCGCCUGGACAGAGUAGUUCGGGGUUUUCCCUCUUUUUUGGACGCGGACCGAUUGUUGAGGAGGUAAUGUUGGUUGUGGGUGUGGGGUUGGUGUGUGGGAUGCUGUUCGGAUUAUAGUUUGCUUUUCGUUUAUGGAUGACUCCUGGACGAGCAAAAUUAUUUCCCGUGUCUUAUUUUCUUGCACCAUACCAUUUCUUAUUAUUACAUAUCCCUAUUAUUGCCCAUUUGCCCCUCAUCCCUUCUUCCCUUCAUCCCAGCUUCUGGACUUCAAUACACAUAUUCUUGGACUCCGUUCGUAACGCACGUCAGACUUUUUUUUUCUUUUCCGUUUCCGUUUCCGUUCUUUCUUUC